AUGCUCCUGGUGUCCACCAUAUCUGCUGUGCCUGGGCCCCUUUCGACCCCUAGCUCUCCCAGCAACAGCAGCCAGGAGGAGCUACUGGAUGACCGAGACCCGCUGCUAGUCCAGGCUGAAUUGGCCCUGCUUUCAACCAUCUUUGUGGCUGUGGCUUUGAGCAAUGGCCUAGUGCUGGGAGCCUUAAUACGACGGGGCCGGCGGGGCCGCUGGGCACCCAUGCACGUCUUCAUCAGUCAUUUGUGCCUAGCUGACCUGGCUGUGGCUUUGUUUCAAGUACUGCCCCAGCUGGCUUGGGAUGCCACUGACCGUUUCCAUGGCCCCGAUGCCCUGUGUCGGGCUGUCAAGUACCUGCAGAUGGUGGGCAUGUAUGCCUCCUCCUACAUGAUCCUGGCCAUGACGCUAGACCGCCAUCGUGCCAUCUGCCGCCCUAUGCUGGCAUACCGCCAUGGAGGUGGGACUCGCUGGAACCGGCCAGUGCUGGUGGCCUGGGCCUUCUCACUCCUUCUCAGCCUGCCUCAGCUCUUCAUCUUUGCUCAGCGUGAUGUGGGAAAUGGCAGUGGGGUAUUUGACUGCUGGGCCCGAUUUGCAGAGCCCUGGGGCCUUCGUGCCUAUGUUACCUGGAUUGCUUUGAUGGUGUUUGUGGCACCUGCCCUGGGCAUUGCUGCCUGCCAGGUUCUUAUCUUCCGGGAGAUUCAUGCCAGUCUGGUGCCAGGGCCAUCUGAGAGGACAGGGAGGCGCCGCAGAGGGCACCGGACAGGCAGUCCCAGAGAGGGAGCCCAUGUAUCAGCAGCCAUGGCCAAGACCGUGAGGAUGACGCUGGUGAUUGUGAUUGUCUACGUGCUGUGCUGGGCACCCUUCUUCCUUGUGCAGCUGUGGGCGGCGUGGGACCCAGAGGCUCCUCUAGAAAGACCCCCCUUUGUGUUGCUCAUGCUGCUGGCUAGCCUUAACAGCUGUACCAACCCCUGGAUCUAUGCUUCCUUCAGUAGCAGCGUCUCCUCGGAGCUUCGUAGCCUGCUUUGCUGUGCUCAAAGGCAUACCAUGCCCAGCCUGGGACCUCAAGAUGAGUCCUGUGCCACGGCCAGCUCCUCUUUGACCAAGGAUACACCCUCCUGA